AUGUUAACCCUAAGAGUUAACAUCUCGGGACGAUGUCGGCAACAGAGCUGGGGAGGGGCAGACGGGGGACCGAAGGAUGGGAGGGAGAGGAGGGGUGUAGGCGGGGAUGGUGCAGCGGGAGGGAGCGGAGGCGAGCCGCGGGUCGGAGGGAAGGCGGGCGACGCUUGGAAGGCGCUACGGCGGAGCGGGGGAGGGGGCAGAGGGGGACCGAAGGAGAGGAGGGGAGGUGUAGGGGGAGGUGCAGCGCGGGGAGGGGAGGGAGGCCGGGCGGGGAGGGAGGCGGCGGACCUUGGAAGGCGCUACGGCGUGAGCGCGGGGAGGGCGGCGGAGGCGGGAAGGGAGGCAGGGGGCGGGCGAGGGCAGAGGAGGAAACAGAGGAGGAGGAGGGAGGAGGAGGAGGGAGGUGUAAGGGGGAGGGUGCAGGCGGGGAGGGAGGGCGCGACGGCUUGGGAAGUGCGCUACCAUGCGGACGGGAGGAGGGCGGCGAGAGUCCUGGGGAGGGAGGCCAGGGGCGGGGGACGAGGCGGCAGAGGAGGAACAGAGGAGGAGGAGGAGGUGUAA